GAGGUUGCAGGAAUGGGCUGGGAAUUGCUUUUGCUUUCUCUGCUGACCAUCACACUCUCAUCUGAUCUGGGUCAGCACUGAGCUGCCGAGGGAAGGGGAAAAACCUCCCAGACUUCCUGACACCACCAUGUGCUAUGGCAAAUGCGCUCGAUGCAUCGGACAUUGGCUGGCGUGGCUCGCUGUUCUCUGCAUUGUAGCUAAUAUUUUGCUUUACUUUCCCAAUGGGGAAACUAGGUAUGCUUCUGAAAACCAUCUCAGCCGCUUUGUCUGGUUCUUUUCUGGAAUCGUAGGAGGAGGCUUGCUGAUAUUCCUGCCAGCAUUUGUCUUCAUCGGGCUGGAACAGGAAGACUGCUGUGGCUGCUGCGGUCAUGAAAACUGUGGCAAGAGAUGCGCGAUGCUGUCUUCUGUGCUGGCCGCUCUCAUCGGGAUUGCAGGGUCUGGCUACUGCGUCAUUGUGGCAGCCCUGGGCUUAGCAGAGGGACCACGGUGUCUCGAUCACUCUGGCCGGUGGAACUACACCUUUGCCAACACUGAGGGACAGUACCUCCUCAAUAGAUCCACGUGGUCCCAGUGCAUUGAACCCAAGCAUGUUGUGGAGUGGAAUGUCUCUCUGUUUUCUAUUCUCUUGGGACUUGGUGGAAUUGAAUUCAUUUUGUGUCUCAUUCAAGUAAUAAAUGGAGUGCUGGGAGGCAUAUGUGGCUAUUGCUGCUCUCGCCAACAGGUAAGGACCUGUGUGAAAAUCGAUAUGACUGCUAAGAGAUCCACCCCAAGACCGAACCACAGUCUUCCUUUAUUUCAUUGUAAUUUAUAUAUUUUACUUGUAUUAAUUUGUAAAACUUUGUACUAGUGUAUCAUACUCCACAUAUUCUACUUUUAUAAGUGUGCAUAAAGACUGGCAUCUUCAUGUGAUGUCAGUGUUGGAACUUAGCAAAAAAACAUUUUUUUGAAAUGAAAAAAUAAACCACACUUGGGAGGUCAUUCACAGACUGAGUGACGGGUCCUCAGCAUAUCUGAGAUAAACUCUGGCCUAAAGUAAUGUUUUUGAGAAACAUUACAAGGGUAAAUAUCACAUUCCAAUUAGUAUUGUAUAUAUAUAUGUGCAUGCAUUUAUUAAAUGAAAGAUUUCUAGUUGCUUUUUUUUAAGACCAUGAAGGAGAAAAUCCAACAACAUGAAAAGAUGUGUUUUUUUCACUGUUUAUAUGGUGUUUCCCAUUCAUAUGCCUGCAAAUCACUAAGGGGCCUUUUUGAAUUGUUUUGUGUUCUGUGAGAGACAGGGACUUGGUGGGAGAGGGAGACUGACAGAAUGCAUAUACCCAGCCAAAUGAAUGCAUCAAAACAUGCAGUGUGGCUAGGUGCUGGGAGUUCUACCAGAUCCUGAAUUUUCCUAACACAUGGAAGGUUUUUUUGUCCUUCAAAGACAAGCACUAAGGAUCAUGUAUUUAAAAAGGGAAGGGAUGGUUCAUGGACAAGAAGAAAGGUGGGAAACGGAAUAAAGCAGUUGAUCAGCAUCAUGGGAAAAUGGGGAGGAGGAGAAGAAGCCAAAGGGCCCUGAGGAAAUACCCCCAAAACUUGCUUGUUUACAUACAACAAAAUAAAGGAUUCAAUAC